AUUGAGUUUGACACCCCUGAUCAUAAACUGAGUCUCUUAUGAACUGUAACUUAACUUUCUUAAAGAUUUGUAUUUUUUUCCAUGAAAAAAACUUCUGUUUUUUUUUUCUUCAGGAUUUCUAAUUCUUUUCAAAGAAAGCAGACUUCUGGGUAAAAUAGCUUCAAAAACCCUGAAGGUGAGCAGCUUGUGUUUCCACUCAGCUCCGAACCUACAGCGGAGCACUACUCCUCACCUCCCUGCUGCCCGCCGGGAAGGAGGCUCGAUCAUGUGACUCCGGAUUUUUUUUUUCUUUUUUUCAUUCCUCUUUGGAAGUUGAAAAGCAGGAGCGGAGCGGCCCAGCUCGUCCUCAGCCCGUCCUUUGCCGCCUCCCCGCUCGGCGCGGUUCGCCUCCUUCGCCAUGGCCGGAGCUAUCAUCGAAAACAUGAGCACCAAAAAGUUGGUGAUCGUGGGAGUGACCCUGCUGCUGUUCCAGGCGCUCGCCUUCAUGGUCGGCGGCUUGAUUGCUCCAAGUCCCACGACAGCAGUUCACUACUUGGCCACAAAGUGCGUGGACACGGUUAAGAGCCAACAGGAGACAAAGUGGUUCAUGCCCUGGGGUCCAAACCAGUGUGACAAGCUGCAGUCGUUUGAUGACGCCAUGGCCAAGAGGAUUGAGGCCAACGACAUCGUGUUUGCUGUGCACAUCCCCUUGCCUAAGAAAGAGAUGAGCCCCUGGUUCCAGUUCAUGCUGGUCAUCCUGCAGUUCGACAUUGCAUUUAAAAUGUACAACCAAAUAGAGGAGGGCGCUAUGGUCAACAUUGAGGUGGGCCUGGCCUACAGAGAUGACACUGUGAGUCCGUGGACAGAGAUGGCUCGCUCCUUUGAACAGAGGAGACUGAACUGCAGCUUCACCACUGCCAAGACUGUUGAGAACGAGGGUCGUCAUUAUGAGUGUGACCUGCUGCCCUUCAUGGAGUUGGGGAGUGUGGCCCACAAGUACUAUCUUCUCAACAUCCGCCUGCCCGUCAAUGAGCGCAAGAAGAUCAACGUGAAGAUUGGAGAAAUCAAGGAUAUCCGCCUGGUUAGCAUCCAUCAGAACGGAGGCUUCACCAAGGUUUGGUUUGCCAUGAAGACGUUCCUCACUCCCAGCAUCCUCAUCAUCAUGAUCUGGUACUGGAGACGCAUCUCCCUCAUGAGCAGACCUCCUGUUCUACUGGAGAAAGUGAUCCUUGCUUUGGGCAUCUCCAUGACGUUUAUCAAUAUUCCAGUGGAAUGGUUCUCUAUUGGCUUCAACUGGACCUGGAUGCUGCUGUUUGGAGACAUCCGACAGGGAAUCUUCUACUCUAUGCUGCUCUCCUUCUGGAUCAUUUUCUGUGGAGAACAUCUCAUGGACCAGACUGAGAGGAACCGCUUCUCAGUCUACUGGAAGCAGGUGGGACCCAUCGUGUUCGGCUCCUUCUGCCUCUUCAUCUUUGACAUGUGUGAGAGAGGGGUCCAGCUGACGAACCCGUUCUACAGCAUCUGGGCUUCUGAUGUAGGAACUGAGCUGGCUAUGGCGUUCAUCAUUGUGGCCGGGAUCUGCGCCUGCCUCUACUUCCUCUUCCUCUGUUUCAUGGUUUAUCAAGUCUUUCGAAACAUCAGUGGUAAAAGAACGUCGCUGCCGGCCAUGACGAAGGCCAGGCGGCUGCACUAUGAGGGCUUAAUUUUCCGGUUUAAGUUUCUCAUGUUGGUCACUCUGGCCUGUGCUGCCAUGACGGUUAUCUUCUUCAUCAUCAGCCAGGUGAAUGAGGGUCACUGGCACUGGGGGGAGCACACCGUGCAGGUGAACAGCGCCUUCUUCACAGGCAUCUACGGCAUGUGGAACCUGUACGUCUUCGCCAUCAUGUUCCUCUACGCCCCGUCCCACAAACGCUAUGGAGACGAGCAGUCAAGUGGUCAGUGCAUUACCGGUGACGGUGGGGCAAACAGCGGGGAGGACCUCCAGCUGACCACAACAAUCACCCACGUGGACGGUCCCACCGAGAUUUACAAGAUGACCGGCAAAGAGGCGCAGGAGUGAUUUCCUCCUCUGCCCGUCGCUCCCAUGACGCCUGUGGAGUGAAACUGUCUUUUGUCCUCACCACCUGCAUGCACCUCCUGCCCCUGCACUGCUGCACUGAAGCCUCAGCUGGUUUACAUGUCACAUAAAGUCUGUUAUGUCUGGAAAGGUCACAACUCCACAGCUGCUGUCAGUCCUUCUCUCUUGUGAGUAACGUAGUUGUCAGAGUUUUUGUAAACUCUGCUGUGUUGGUUGAUGUUGUGCAAAGUCUCGGAUCACCAGAUCUGAUACUAAGAAGCUGCUUGUGAAGAGUUUCCCUGGGAAAGCUCCUGUGUUUGGUGGUAAAACGCUCAUGUGGUGUUGUGUGCAGUGGUCUCCAUGCUCCGUUUCCCAGAAGCUGUCCUUGGUUUUGAGUCCAAUCUGAAAACAACAGACAGCUUUAUUGUUUUAUUGUCAUUUUAUUCAGGUUCUGAGGACUUAUCAGACACACCUAUCAAACGCUAGUGACGUACUGCUGUUCAGGUACCUGUCUGUCACGUCUUUAUGUGCAGACCACAUAACCACGGGGAACAGAACCUGUAAAUUCUUCAUGUUACAAUGUACUGUAGAUAUCUAUUUUUAUUAUAAGUGCUUACGUACACCUUAACAACAUGUAUCAAACUAUCAAACCAAGUUGACUGUAACCUAGCAAUAUUUUUAGCUUUUUCUUUUUUUUUACUUUGUAAGGUAAUUUAAAUAAAAACUUUUACUUAGCGUG